UGAAAGUGUGCAUCACGUAGAGACGGUCGUUCAGUAGAUUUGUUAAAAUAAUUCAAACUAAAAGCAAAUAUGAGUUUGGAACUACUAAGUCUUAAUAACCCGGUAUUCAAGAGCUAUACGUUCUGGUCCGGUGUUUUGGUGCUUAAAAUGUUGGCAAUGGCCAUGCUCACGGCUAUGCAGCGCUUCAAGACAAAGACAUUUGCCAAUCCGGAGGAUUUGAUGUCGCCAAAACUGAAGGUUAAAUUUGAUGACCCCAACGUGGAGCGUGUGCGUCGUGCUCAUCGCAAUGAUCUCGAGAACAUUCUGCCCUUCUUCAUUAUCGGCUUGCUGUACACUCUGACGAAUCCCAGUGCAUUCCUGGCCAUUAACUUAUUCCGUGCCGUUGGCAUCGCCCGUGUCGCUCACACCUUGGUGUAUGCCGUUGUAGUGGUGCCUCAACCAGCUCGGGCGCUUGCCUUUUUUGUGGCACUGUUGGCCACAGUUUACAUGGCAUUGCAAGUGGUCCUGGCCGCUGCCUUCUAAGCUGGCGAAUAUAAUUUUAUGACUUAUUAUUAUUCAAAAGUAGUCGAUUAAACAAAUGUUCAGUACAGCAAGUAAACAGCAGAUAUUUAUACUGACUGUCAUAUCUAUACACAAUUACAAUUUUUGAAAAAUGUUUACUUGAACUUUAAU